GCUAGGAAGUGACGUUUUACAUCACUUCCUCUCAAGCUCGGCUCCCGGGAGGUGGGUCCCACGCGGAGUCAACAUGAGGAUCGAGAAGUGUUACUUCUGUUCCGGGCCGAUCUACCCGGGCCACGGCAUGAUGUUCGUCCGAAACGAUUGCAAGGUGUUCCGAUUCUGCAAAUCCAAGUGUCAUAAAAACUUCAAGAAGAAGCGGAACCCACGCAAAGUCAGGUGGACUAAAGCCUUCCGGAAGGCAGCCGGCAAGGAGCUCACGGUGGACAACUCAUUUGAAUUUGAGAAACGUAGAAAUGAACCUGUGAAGUACCAGCGAGAGCUAUGGAGUAAAACUAUUGAUGCAAUGAAGAGGGUUGAAGAGAUCAAACAGAAACGCCAGGCUAAGUUUAUAAUGAACAGGCUGAAGAAAAACAAAGAGCUGCAGAAGGUUCAGGACAUCAAAGAAGUCAAGCAGAACAUCCACCUUAUCCGGGCUCCUCUUGCAGGCAAAGGGAAGCAACUGGAGGAAAAAAUGGUACAGCAGUUACAGGAGGAUGUGGACAUGGAGGAUGCUUCCUAAUGGUGCCGCCUGCAACCAGCCCUGUGCACGCUGGAAACCAGUGGAGACUGUUGGUCCCUGAGUUAUUCAUUGGUUACAUAAGGUCCCUCAGACAAAGGGGAUGCACUUGCUUCCCUCUUACCUUAAAGCAUCCAUCGUGGGAGUUAGAGCUCAGCUCUGUCAGUGUUCUACUUCACUGUGUUAUGCUCAGAAAACAUGAAAGUUUGCGGGUAGAUGAAGGCAUGAACUCUGGGCAUAACAUGGUUGAGCCAUUGCUUAAUGGCACCAGGCAACAUUACUGUACUGACUGUCUUGCUAGUGUGAAAUUUGUUUUUUUGUUUUGUUUUGUUUUGUUUUUGGUUGUUCGAGACAGGGUUUCUCUGAAUUGUUUUGGAGCCUGUCCUGGAACUCGCUUGGUAGACCAGGCUUGGUCUCCAACUCACAGAGAUCUGCCUGCCUCUGCCUCCUGAGUGCUGGGAUUAAAGGCGUGUGCCACCAACGUCUGGCUUUAGUGUGAAAUUUGUAGUGAUGUAAUAUUUUCCUGUUUAUUAGAGUUAUUGAAACAGGUCAUAACAGAACUAACCAUUCUCAUGACAACCUCAGUCUCUUUUGUUGUGGUUUAGUCUGUUCUCCUUAGAGUUGCAUACUGACUACAUACAAUGUUACAAUGCAGCUGAAUUGUUCUGGGCUGUUUGUCCUGCUUCAGCCAUUCUAAUAGGCAGCUUGUGGAUGUUGGGGGGUGAGGCGGGUUGAAUAAACUUUGCCUAGAUGGUACCUUA